GGGAAAUAUUUUUAAAACGAGUGGGAAAGAUGAGAUCCAUACCUACCUGGGUUGAUAAAGUCCACGAUAGGGACAAAGUUGAGCAAUGUAUCUAUGAUUUGGCCUUCAAGCCUGAUGGAACUCAACUGAUUGUUGCUGCAGGAAAUAGAGUUUUGGUGUACGAUACCAAUGAUGGUACAUUGAUACAACCAUUGAAAGGUCAUAAAGAUACCGUAUACUGUGUAGCAUACGCUAGAGAUGGCAAAAGAUUUGCCUCUGGCUCCGCUGAUAAAAGUGUUAUCAUUUGGACAUCUAAAUUAGAAGGCAUUCUCAAGUACACGCACAACGAUGCCAUUCAGUGUGUUUCAUAUAAUCCAGUUACCCACCAGUUAGCUAGCUGUGCAUGCAGUGAUUUUGGUUUAUGGUCACCAGAACAGAAAUCUGUGUCCAAGCAUAAAUCUAACAGUAGAGUGACAUGUUGUAGUUGGACCAAUGAUGGACAGUACCUUGCACUGGGGUUAUUUAAUGGUUGUGUCAGCAUCAGGGCAAAGAGUGGUGAUGAAAAAGUGAAAAUAGAAAGACCAGGGGGUGCUCUCUCCCCAAUUUGGUCAAUUCAGUGGAACCCAUCAAAGGAUGACACAUACGACAUUCUUGGGAUAUGUGACUGGGGACAAAAGAUGUCAUUCUAUCAGCUGAGUGGCAAACAGAUUGGAAAAGAUCGUCACCUGGGCUAUGAUCCAUGCUGUCUUAGUUACUUCACUAAAGGUGAAUAUCUGGUGGUCGGUGGAUCUAAUAAACAGGCUGUGCUUCAUACCAAGGAAGGUGUGCAAUUAGGUGUGAUUGGUGAACAGCAGUCAUGGGUGUGGUGUUGUAAAGUUAGGCCUGAUCAGAACUAUGUGGCUGUAGGUUGUCAAGACGGCACUAUUGCCUAUUAUCAGCUGAUAUUCAGCACAGUGCAUGGUUUGUACAAAGAUAGAUAUGCCUACAGAGAAAACAUGACAGAUGUCAUUAUACAACAUCUUAUUACAGACCAGAAAGUACGCAUUAAAUGCAGAGACCUGGUCAAAAAAAUAGCUAUCUACAAACACAGGCUAGCGGUUCAGUUGCCAGAUAAGAUAGUUGUAUAUGAGUUGUAUAGUGAUGACUCUGCUGAUAUGCAUUAUAGGGUUAAAGACAAGAUAACUAGAAAAUUUGAUUGUAAUUUAUUGGUUGUUUGCGCACAGCAUAUUGUAUUAUGCCAGGAAAAGGUGUUGACAUGUUUAUCAUUCGCUGGUAGUAAAGAAAGAGAAUGGAUGAUGGAAUCAUUGAUACGAUACAUCAAAGUCACUGGUGGACCCACUGGUAGGGAAGGGUUACUGGUUGGUUUGAAAAAUGGACAGAUUCUGAAGAUAUUUGUCGACAACCCUUUCCCUAUUUUAUUACUCAAACAACAGACAUCAGUGCGCUGUUUAGAUCUCAGUGCCAGUCGCACUAAGAUAUCAGUGGUGGACGAACAUAAUACUUGUCUGGUCUAUGAUGUAAAUACCAAGGAACUACUUUAUCAGGAGCCCAAUGCCAAUAGUGUAGCAUGGAACACUCAGCUUGAAGAUAUGCUGUGUUUCUCUGGCAAUGGAAUGCUGAACAUCACAAGCAAUUUUCCCAUCCAUCAACAGAAGUUACAGGGAUUUGUAGUAGGGUUUUGCGGCUCCAAGAUAUUUUGUCUUCAUAUAUAUGCCAUGUCUGCAGUAGAAGUGCCCCAGUCAGCUCCUAUGUAUCAAUACCUGGAAAAGAAAACAUUUAGAGAAGCCUACAAGGUAGCAUGCCUGGGAGUUACUGAGAAUGACUGGAAGUACCUAGCACAUGAAGCCAUUGAAGGGCAGGAUUAUGAUACUGCAAAGAAAGCCUUCAUCAGAAUACGUGACCUCAGAUAUUUAGAGCUUAUACAUAGUAUUGAGGAGCGGCGUCGUCGGGGUGAAUACAACGACCUGUUGUACCUGGCUGAUAUUUAUGCUUAUCAAGGACGAUUCUCUGAUGCAGCUAAGUUGUACAAGAGAGCUGGACACGAACAAAAAGCUAUGAAUAUGUACACUGAUCUCAGAAUGUUUGAUUUGGCAAAGGAUUUCAUUGGAUCAGGUGACCCGUCAGACAAGAAGAUGCUGAUAACAAAACAAGCUGAUUGGGCUAAGAAUAUAAACGAGCCACGUGCUGCUGCUGAAAUGUACCUUUCAGCUGGAGAACAUUUAAAAGCUAUUGAAAUCAUUGGUGACCAUGGUUGGGCUGACAUGCUAAUUGAUGUAGCUAGGAGGCUUGACAAAGCAGAACAAGAACCACUUGCUCAGUGUGCAUACUAUUUCAAAAGAAUGGAACAGUAUGCGUACGCUGCUGAAGUCUACACCAAGAUGGGAGAUGUGAAGGCACUCAUACAACUACAUGUGGAGGCUAGACACUGGGAUGAAGCAUUCUCAUUGGUAGAAAAACACCCUGAAUCCAAGAAUGAUGUAUAUGUUCCAUAUGCACAGUGGUUGGCAGAGAAUGACAGAUUUGAAGAGGCUCAGAAAGCAUUUCAUAAAGCUGGUCGACAGGAUGAAGCUGUAAGAGUAUUGGAACAACUGACACACAAUGCAGUACUGGAAAGUAGAUUUCAUGAUGCAGGUUAUUAUUUCUGGAUGUUGUCAAUGCAAUGUUUGGAGAUAGCAGGUGAUAAUGCUGAGAAAAGAGAAGAGAUGUUGAAUAAAUUCUUUGAAUUCCAGAGAAAAGCAGAAAUGUACUAUGUAUAUCAUUCAAUCCAUCGUUACACUGAAGAGCCGUUUACGUCUCACUUACCGGAAGCGCUCUUCAACAUCUCUCGCUAUCUACUCCACGCUAUGAUCAGAAACAUUCCGCUUGGUAUCAGCAAAGUGGCGACACUGUAUGCGCUAGCGAAACAGAGCAGAUCGCUAGGUGCAUACAAGUUAGCAAGAUACGCCUUUGAGAAGCUCCAAUCUUUUAAGAUACCAUCCAGAUUUCAAGAGUCAAUAGACCUGGGUAGUAUCACUAUCAGAUCUAAGCCUUUCCAUGAUUCAGAAGAUGUUUUACCAAUGUGUUAUAGAUGUUCCACCACAAAUCCAUUACUGAAUAACCAAGGAAACCAUUGCAUCAACUGUAAACAACAAUUUGUACAUUCCUUCUCUUCAUUUGAGGUAUUGCCAUUAGUUGAGUUUGUGCUCGAUGAUGGAAUCAGUGACGAGGAAGCCAUCCCAUUGUUGGACGCUGAACCUAUAAAACGCAACACAGAUAAAUGGAAGCAGAGUGAUAUGGGUGCUGUGCAGUCAAUGAGGCUGGAUGAUGAGAUGGAUAAUGACCAAGAUGAGGAUCCUUUCAAUUCUAGAAUGAUGAGUUUUGAGCAAGGUGGCAAUGACUUUGUUCCAGUAGUUGUCAAUAGGUCUGUACUUAAAUCUUUGGAUCGUACUCAUGUCAUUGUUAAAAAAUGGCCACCGCCUUUACGAUAUCAAUACUUCAAAACAGUUAUGCCUGAUGUCUCGGUUACGCUGUGUCCUUCUUGCAAUCAGAUGUUCCAUACUGAUGAUUAUGAACUACUGGUACUUCAAAAGAACCACUGUCCAUUCUGCAGGAAAUCAACAGAAGAUUAAAAUAAUACAGUCCCCCCUAACUCAUUCAUUCUUGUUGAAUUGAAUUUUGUCAGACCAUUACAGCCAGUGUUCAUUCAUAUCCAUUAUUUUGGUCCAUGAUGUUUCAUGCGAUCUCAAUUUUGUCUAUCACGUUACCACUAAUCAUUCAUAAAUCAUUUGACUUUUUUGAAAUAGAUAAAUGGUAAACAACAUUUUGCUCAGCUGACCAGAUAUGAAAUUUCCCCUUGAAACAGCUAAGGCCGCACACUUUGAAAUCAAAUGGGGGUGGAUUAGCUGCUAUUUAAAAAGUCAGCAAGUUCUUUGAAGCAAGAUACAUAUAAAUUGAAAAUGAGUGUAAACAAAAGUUACAAGAUGCAUGUGUAUAUUGUGAAAAUCUUCCCCUCUCGAAUUUAAAAAACAAAACAAAUUUGCUUUCAUAUGGUUUCGAUGAGUAAAAUUUAGCAGCUUUAUAACUGUAGCAGUUUUAUUAUCCUUGAAAUUGUUCCAGGGAAGAUACUAGCUAAAUCUUUUAGUUGGGCACACAUCAUAAGCAGUGUGGUUAUAUCAGUUGAUAUGACUCAAUCGUACAAAGGCAAUAUACUUAGAAUUGACGAUAUUUUACCCGGUAUCAUCUCUUCCAGGCGUGGCGAUAUCGUCAGUGUCUACAGGUCAUGAAUGUGACUGCAGUGACAAACAAGAAUCGUGUUACGAUGAUGAAAACAUUAUUACCCUUAUUAGUAGAAGCUUUGAUGAUAUUGUAAUCCCUAUUUAGUAUAGACUGAAUCAGUUUGCAAAUGCCUUUACAAAUGUUUAUAUGCAGGGGUGUAAAUACUAUUAUAACUUUUUGGAACUUGUACAAAUUACUGUUUUUUUGUGAAAUAAAAGUGUGUAAUCUUUUACCAAAAA